AUGAGCCAGCAGGUCGAAGUUGCGGGGCGCAGCUACGCGCUGUCCGAGACGCUGCGCAGCGCCGAGCUGGCCCCGAUCUUCGCGGACGCGUGGACGGCCUCGCGCGUGUGGGAGGCCAGCCGCUUCCUGGCGAAGCGGCUCGUGCGCUUCGCGGCCGCGUCGCCCGCCGCCUUCGACGUGGGCGCGGGCCAGUCGGUGCUGGAGCUGGGCAGCGGCUGCGGCCUCGCGGGGCUCGUGGCGGCCGCGCUGGGCGCCGACGUGCUGCUGACGGACCAGCGCGAGGCGCUGGAGCUGCUGCAGCGCAACGUGGAGGCCAACGCGGCGUCCGAGAGCGAGCGCGGGCGCCUGCGCGUGGCCGAGUUCGUCUGGGGCUCCGACUGCGCGCUGCCCCGCAGCUGCUACCGCUACAUCCUCGUGUCGGACUGCAUCAACCCCAUCUACGGGCAGGAGAGCUGGCGGAACCUGGCGCGCAGCAUCCACAGGUUCUCGGGCCCCGAGACGGUCACGUACCUGGCCCACGAAGCCCGGGGGGAGGACGAGGCCAUGACGGACUUCCUGGCCUUCAGCGCCGACAUGCUGCAGUGCGAGCGCAUCGACGAGCAAGGCAGGAUCAGUCUCUUUAGGAUCAGGAAGAAGGAGAAGGCCGUAUAAAUAGAGGAAGGUUAGCUUUUUCACACUU